AUGAAUCCUUCUAUUGAGUAUUAUAAUCUCCAGUAACACAAGCUUUACGAAUACAUGGUUGGCUUAACCUAGAAUGUAACAGGAAUUGAAAAAAUAGUAAUUAAAUCAAUUAAUUCAAGUUCGCAGAAUUAAUAGCAUGCCUCCAAGAUUUUAGUUCAGCGAUUUCAAGUAUUGGAAGAAAGUUUCACUCUUAAAUAAGCAAUGGCAAUGAACCAGAUAUUUUAGUUUGCUUAUAUCAAUAAGUCAGCAAUUACUUAUUAAGAUUGUCAUAAAAUUGGGAUAAUACAGCCCAAAAAAUUAAGAGUGAAAUUGCUGAACCUUACUCUUAAUUUGUAGUGAAUUUCAGAUAAACAAAUAGAAGUUUGAAUAGCGAUUCCAAAAAGCAAGUAGCAGAAAUAGUAGAAACAAGAAAAGAAAUGUGUAAAACAUAAGAGGAAUGUUGGAAAUUAAUGAAAUUAUUUGAAUAGAAAUCUGAAUAGGCAUAAUAAAUGAUAGAUCACAUUGAAAAAGGUAACGCAACAAAGGAGGAUUUUUAAAGAUAAUUUAAUAAUUCUCUAAGAAUAUAAGAAUUGGCAGAUGGAAUGGAAAAGGACUAUAAGAAAUUACUAUAGAUAACAAAUGAAAGGUGGAAACAGUUUCAUUAAGAAUGGGAUACAAUAUUUGCGAAUGUAGGUUUGAAUGAAUAGAGUAGGUAUAACAUAUAAUAUAAAAUAGGAUUAUGUUUACGAAGCAAACUAUUAGUGCAUUAUUGAAAUUACUGCCUUUCGAUUAAGAUUAAUCUUAAUUUGAAGAAAAAAUAUCAGAUUUAGAACUAAAAUUGAAAUAAGACCCAAAGAUUCCAAUUAAAAAGUUGAUUGAAAAAAGAAUGCAAAUUUAAGAGGGGUGUAAGAAUUAUAAUGAUUAUUAAAGCCUUUAAAUUUUCAUUUGAAGAGUUCAUUAGUUAUGAAUAGUGGAAGAAGAAUCCCCAAAGCCUUGAUUAGGCCCAUCCUGCUUAAUAGGUUUAAAAUUAAUGGACACUUGUUGGCGAUAAAAUCUAAGAGGAAGAGAAAAAGCUUAUAGAUAAAUAUCUAUAAUCUUUAUUUUAAAUUGAUCUAUCAGAUAAAUGCGAGUACAUAAUAAAAAUAAAGUAAAUUCUUUAGAAAUCAGCAGGCAGAAAUUAUUUUAUAAAUUCUUUGAAUAAAUUGCACACCAAAUCAUAUCAAGACAAAUAAGCAAGUAAAUUGAAAUAUUAUAGUAGAAUUCUAUUUAACAUUAACAACUGAAUAAUUUAUGGAAUUGCUAUAAUUAAUUAGACAUUGGUUAAAUUAUGUAGAUUUGAAUGAACUUUAUGAAUCUGAGGAUAUUUAUGAUUUAUUAUUAAAAGCAAUUCGAAUUGUCAGAAUGGAUGGAAAAGAGAGAGUUAAUUUAGCUUCAUAAUUAUCAGAUAAUCCUCUGUGGACUAAAGUUGAUAGAUGGAUUGAAUUGUUUCAAUUUAUAAGCGCCAAGAAAGUGGAUGAAAAGAGAAAGUAGGCUCAAUCAAUCAUGCAAUAAACCUAAAGCACAAUUUUAAAAAAAGGAGUCAGAAUAAUUGGAAAGGGAUUAUCGAUAAUCAAGAAUUUUGGAGCCUAGUAAUCUAAUAUGAUAGAAGUAAACGAAAGUGAAAUCUGCUAUAUGAUAUUAGACGAAAUUAAUCUAUUUAUUUAUUCCUUAAAAUUACCAUCAGAAUUAUCUGCAGAAAUAAUAAUUCAAAUUGCGUCAUAAUAAUAACAUAUUGAUAAGGAUCAUGUUGUUAAGUUAUUGGAGAAAUAGGAAGAUUUGCAUAACACUCAAUGGAAGAAGCUUUUCAAAUCAGGGAAAGUGGUUUUAACUCAUAAAACUGAAAAGCAUGAAAGAAACAAGUUAUACAUUUAUGAAAAUAAAGUAAUUUAAGGAUGUGGAGCUUGUUUAAAGUAAGAAUUUCUUUAUUAAAUUAGAUUUUUAUCGAUUUAGGAUUAACCAUAGAAAUUACUGACUCUCAAUAGCAAUUUUAAUAAAUAGUUGAAACACAAAAUUAAGAAAUUCUAUUUGGGAAAUUCUCAAGUCCUCUCAGAUGAAUCUACUCAUUAAUUAAGAUUGAGAUUGAUGUCUUAAGCUUUGAAAUUGAAAUAAUUGAAUAUUGAUUAUGUUGAAAUGAAAACUAAAGUAGGAAUAGAGAUGGAUGUUAAUAAUCUCUAUGAAGAAACAAUUAAAUUGGAUGUUUAGAGAAGUCUUCACAUUCACAAAGAUAAAAUUAAUUCAAAUGUUCUAUAAAGCUUAUUAAGAAUUUAUGCAUUUUACAAUUAAGAGGUUGGAUAUUGUUAAGGCAUGAAUUACAUUGCAGGAUACCUUUAUCUAACGUAUUAAGAUUAGGAGGUUGCUUAUAAGGCUUUUGAUAGAAUGAUGAAUCUCUAUUUUAAGGAAUUAUACAUGAAUGAUUUUUCUAAAUUGGUAAAAUUAAUAAUAAAUUGUAGAAAACUGGAUUUUAUGCUUUUGAAAGACUGCUCUGUAUUUUCUUGCCUGAAUUAUCUUAGCAUUUGAAGGAUUAGAAAAUAGAUGCCUCUUAUUAUGUUGCUUCUUGGUUCAUUACUUUAUAUUCUAAUGUAUUUCAAUAUAGUUAAAGAUCGGCCCUAUUGAAUGUGAUAUGGGACUUAUUUUUAGCAGAAGAAUGGAAAGGUAAAAUUUAAGAAUAAAAUAGGAUUCUAUAAAGCAACAUUUUAUAUAUUUUCAUUGAUUCAAUAGCAAAUUCUGAAUCUUGAAUUUGAUGAAAUCCUUCAUUAUUUAGGUCAGUUGAUUAAAUCAGAAAUAUUUAGUAUCAGUACAGAAAAAGAAUUAAUCCAAUACAUUUAGAAAUUUGAUAAAUCCAUCAAAGAUGAUGUAUCAAUAAAGAAAACGAUUCUAUCAAGAUUUAGAAUAACUAAUAAAAUGUUAAAGAGUUUGGAAUCAGAAUACCAUAGCUUUUAAUUGAAAUUGAAUAAAAAAUUUAAUUAAUGCAUGAAGAGAUGA